AUGGCUGACGACUGUCGCACAGAACCGCGAUGUCCCAAGUACCGAUGGCAGCGAACAGGUCUGUUCGCUUCGCCAGUUCGUCAGGCGAAAAAUAGCGGGGGUUCGAAGCGGCUGAGCGCGUCGCAAUCCCAAUGUUCGCUUGCCGAUUUCCUCUUGGACGACUCUCUCGCGCCCUGGAAGAGAAGGUUGGAAGUUCCUCCGUCCGAUCGGCAUCGAGUGGUGGGCGUGUCUCCUGAGGCGUGUCCAAGCGUGCUUGCUCCUCCACUGCAUCCAUUCUGCCAGUGUUCUCCCUCGCCCCGUCUUCCUCUUCCUCCGUCUCUUCGCCCUCGCUAUCUGCCGCUCUUGCCGCUGCCUGGUAUCCAUUCUCUGGGCCUCCGCCAACCCCGCUUGCCGUUUGCCGUUCUGUCCCUCGGCUUCCCCGCGCUUGAGAUGGUGAUUGCUAGUGCUGACGAGCCGUCGCCAGAGCGCGCUGCCGCCUGGUCGGCUGUCGUCGCCAGGCCUCAGUCGGGGCCCGAAAAGGCGACCACGGCCCCGAAGCCUCCUCUACCGCCGGCUCCGAAGCACGCGUCAGCAGACGCUGAAAGGAUUCUUCCCCCCGCACCCGCGGCUCCCCUUGGCGUGGGCGAGGCUGGCCCGUCUGCUCCUGUUGAGGCUCCGCCCGCCCCGCCUGCUGCUCCUGCUCCUGAGCACCCGGCUCCCGUGGUUGCGCCGGUGGCGUCUGCGCCUGCUGGGGAGGCUGCAGCUCGCUCCGGUCCUGCUGUUGGCGCACUCGUUGCACCGGCCGCUUCUGUCCCCGACGUGCCUGCGCCGGCGUCUGCUUCUUCCCCGAAGGCGGCGUCCGCCACCACUGUCGACCCGGCUCCGAUGGUUGCGCUUCCUGGCGCGGACCCGGUGGCUCCUGCUCUGCUGUCGGCGGCCCCUGUAGUGCAGCCGUCUCGUCCCCCGUCGCCGGACUGCCGCCUAUCCCGCCCCCAUUCUCCCGCGCCCCAACAGGAGCGGGAGACGUCACGGCGCCGGCGCAACUCCCCUCGGCGCUACCAGCAGCAGGCCCAGUGGCCUGCUCACCACGGCGGCAAUGGGGGUUGGAGGGGCCCCCACGGGCGUGGUGGUGGAGGGAGAUAUCGUCCGCCCGUGACAAUGGCGGAUCUCCAGCGAAAGGUGUCGCGGGCCGUGCGCAAGGAGAGGGCGGCGCAGAGUCAGAGCAGUUCGCUGCGGGCCGCGCCGGUGCCUGCGGCUCCUCGUCAGCCUGAGCCUCCCGUGGCCCCUCCGCCGGCUGCUGCAUUUCCUCCUCCCGUCCUCGCCCCGUCAGCUCCAUCUCCUUCUGUCUCGGCGCCUGCUCCCGGCUCUCGUCUGCAUUUGCCACCGGUUCCGCCUGUUGCGGGGGUGGAGUUUGUUGCCGCGGGGGAUGGCGCUGCGGCUCUGCAUUCCCACCACAUUGCUGCUGAUGCGCCGCUGCUAUUUCUGACGGAGGCGCUGCAGCCUCCGCAGACGCGUGUUCCGGAGGCAACUCUUGGCCAGCUCCACCGGCUCGCGGAGAGCCUCCACGCGUUGCUUCUGAUUCAAGUUCUUGCUCACUCGUCCCUCCCCGUGAUUCCUGAAGAGACUUUCCGCAGCCGCCAGCGUGACACGUGCUUGGACGCGGCGGACCAGCUCGCGUCGCUGCUGGCGCCCGUGUUGGCUGCGCCCGCGGAGGGUGGCGCUGCUGCUGCGGGACAGCUUGACGAUGCUGUCCGGGGCUUGAGGAGGCACUUGCGCGCAGGAUCCGGAGCCGCGGCGAUCGGCGCAAGUACGCUUGUGGUACGGGAGCUGUGGCGCUCCCUGACGGGCGUUCUUCACGCCCUUGGAGCUCACCGCAUGUAG